GGGGGUAUGAUAAACAGCUGCGAGGGGAGGACGGUGUGCACUGCAGCAUCAGACUGGCAUCUCUUGUUCUGUGGUGGAGAUUUUUUUGUGCUCCUCGAGGUCGCACACAUGCACGUAUUUCACACCCAGCAGCAGCAGCAAGCUGCGUUCUGCACACACCGAUGGAUUACUGCUACUUUAAGGACGGGCUCGCCGCCUGCUGAGGGAGAAAAGAUGCUGAUUUAAGAAGAACCGGAGCGCUCUUUGUUUUGGGAGUAGAAGACGGGACGAGCAACUUCAGGAUUAAAACAGAGACUCGGGCGACAGGAUGACGGCCGCAUUGAGCUGAAACCGCCCCCUCCUGCUCCCUCCCUCCUCCAGUCUAAACAUGAACUCUUCCUCCAAUGCGAACCAAAGCGGCUCUCCCCCGUUCUGCCUGCUGGGCGCCGUGGGUUACUCCCGCAGCCUGGACACCUGCGUGCUGGAGGUGGUCGUCAUCCUCUUCCUCACCGUGCUCAUCAUUGCCGGCAACCUGGUGGUGAUCUUCGUCUUCCACUGCGCCCCACUGCUGCACCACCACACCACCAGCCACUUCAUCCAGACCAUGGCCUACGCCGACCUGCUGGUAGGCGUCAGCUGCCUGGUGCCCUCGCUGUCCCUCCUCCACUACCUCCGUGGCCUGAAUGAGGAGCUCACCUGCAAGGCGUUUGGCUACAUGGUCUCUGUGCUGAAGAGCGUCUCUAUGGCGUCACUGGCGUGCAUCAGCGUGGACCGCUACAUUGCCAUCACACGCCCUCUGUCGUAUGCCACGCUGGUGACGCCGUGCCGGCUGAGGGUGUGCAUCGUUCUUAUCUGGGUUUACUCUGCUUUGAUCUUCCUGCCAUCCUUUUUCGGCUGGGGGAAGCCAGGUUACCAUGGGGACAUAUUUCAAUGGUGUGCAGACUUGUGGAAAACCAACCCGGGGUUCAGCACCUUCAUCGUGGCGCUGCUUUAUGCACCAGCGGCGCUCACCGUCUGCUUCACCUACGGGAGUAUAUUUCGGAUCUGCCGGCAGCACACGAGGGAGAUCACCCAGCGCCAUGCCCGCUUCAGCUCGCAAACGGAGGGCGAUAAAGGCGAGCGCGGGGAUCGUUGCGACGGCUGCACGGACAAACGCUACGCCAUGGUGCUGUUCCGCAUCACCAGCGUCUUCUACAUGCUGUGGAUGCCGUACAUCCUCUACUUCCUCCUGGAGAGCGCUGGGCUGUAUCACCACAAAGUGGCUUCCUUCCUCACGACGUGGUUGGCGAUUAGCAACAGCUUCUGUAACUGUGUCAUCUACAGCCUCUCCAACAGCGUCUUCCGGAAGGGCCUCGGCCGCCUCUUCAGCCCGCUGUUUCCUGCCUGCCUCAGCUGCGUGGACGCGAAGAAGGCUCCGGCUCCUGUUGUCCCGCGACCAGACCCCCGAUGCCAAGUAUGAGCCCUGACGAUGACGGAUUCGGUUCGGUCACUUUGGAGGCAUCGGCCCUCUGUGGUUGUGCUGCGCAGCAUGACACAGGUCUUUUUGGUCCCACAGUGAGAUGUGGCGAGGACCUGCACAGAGCCCGGAGAGGUGCCUGUGCAGAUGCCUGUCGGUUGUCUCAAAGGCUGAUUUUACGGAGGCUGUGAAGCUUUCUUGAAUGCUCCUCAGUGUGAUGCUGCUCUUUAUCACAAGCUGACGACACAGAGUUAAGAAGUUUGAUCCUGAUGACGGAAGCGGACUGUCGGAAUACGAUUCAUGUGUCACUUCAGAGGAUUUAAUAAACACUCCUGCCUGCACUGACUCCCCAACUCAGAACCCAGAUGCAAAAAAAAAAAAAGGAAAGCACAGUGCGACUUGUGUUGUGUGAUCCACUGAAAUGCAAAAAAUAAUUUCAAUCUUUUCAAGCCUGACUGAACAAUCUGCAAAUUAUCUUGGUUCUUUCAGGGUAGAAUUAGGUGAUGCAAAAAAAAAAAAAUGUUAACACUUGAAACAGACUGCUGAUCUGUUUCCCUUAGGGAACUUCAGAUGCUAAUGAGUGUCUGAAAAAUCAUCCAUCUGAUAAUCAGCCUGUGUGAGAGUGGAAAAUGUGUAUCUGAUGGACGUUGAGCUCAUUUCUCAGAGAGAAGAUUGAGGUUUCUUUCUGUGCUUGUGUGUGUUUUAGCUGGGUGUUAGUGGGAAGCUCCAAGUAUGUUUACACAGUCUCGGGUUUCACAUGAAAUAGUUGAUUUAAGAAUUAGCUUUACUUUCUAAGAUGGCCGCUGACCCGGGAUGUUUUCCUGCCAGCAGACGGCGGCGUAUCCUCGUCAGAGACAAUAAAUCAUAUUUAUUUGGAGGGUUGUAUUCUGUGUUUCCUCCUCAGGUUUAUCAGCAAGUUCUUUGUUAAGCCUCCGGGCUGUUUGCCUUUUGUUCUCAGCUGUACACGACUCUUAAAUCACAAGCCACGUAGCGUCUUAAGAUAAUCACCUCUUGACAUGUCGAGUGUUGAUAAUGAAUCUACUGUCUGCCUCCAUGCAAAGACUAACUUCACUGUAGUCUGUUACUUUAUUGCUCAUAUCUGUGUUUCAACCCUCUGGCAGCUGAUCGCUGUUCAGAUCAGUGUGAAGUGGAGAGAAGUGUUAUCGCCGUGCAUCACGAGCCCGACCUCACAGUGUAAGAGGGUCAGAGCACUUUCUCUGACAGCCAGUGACCGUGUGUGACUUCAUGUAAAUACACUUCAGAGUUUAAAUAUUUAAACAGCGGCUAACUGGGCCCUUUGGGGGCCCCUGAUGUACAAAGUAGAUCUCAAGGGUUAGAGAUGAUUUUGUGGAUGAAGUGUUUAUGUUUUAUAAGAUAAUUUAUUUGUCACAGCCAAGAGGUCUGACAUGCUGCACUCGAGAUUCAACCUGUUUUUUUGUAAUGAUGAGAAGUUUCUUUAUAACCUGCAGGAAGGUUUAAAAUGUGGAGUUUGGAGUUAAAGUCACAAUGAAAUGUGUUUUUCAGGGCGUCUUGCUCCUGAAUUUGACGUAGUUGUGGUCGAAAAGGACAAGAAAACAAACAAACAAAAUUAACGAGACGAUCGUUCAGAAAGAAAACUCAAUAACACGCUCUAGCUAAAAGUAAAUGGACACCAGAGACCACAUACGUUUAAAGACAUUCUGUCAUUUUGGGCUCUUUUACAUCCAGUGAUUGUAAAUUUCAAUGCAAAGCAUACACUGGUAUAACAGGCAAAACACAGCAGUUGACCACAAUAUAAUUUUUUUACCAUCUAAAAAACAUUAUGCCAUAGAAAUGUAUAUUUCCCAUGACAGCUGCAUGCAGAAACUUCCAGUAAAUUUGAAAACUGAACCGAAAACCAAACAGUUGCUCCACUCUGGUGUUGUAAUUUACUGUGUGCUUUAUUUAUUUAUUGGUUUAUCAAAAGGUAUACUAGGCCAGAACUAUUGGUUACUGUGUGUAAAAGUAAAAGCUAACCCCGGAUUUAUUCUCAGUCUGAAACUAGUUCUGUCCGCUUGGCAUUUUGCCUCACUGUAUUUGUGUUAUUGCAGUGCUGUGUCAUAGCUUCCUCUUCAGUGCCUGCUGCUGACGGUCUGGCACCUGGUUUUUAUAAAGUCCUGAUCUCACCUGUGUGCUGUGCCCAGUAGGGCUGCGUAUGGCUACUUAAUACCUUUACAGAAAUAACCUAGUACCAAGUAGUAUCGAAACGUCUUCGGUCAAACGAUACCUGCAUUCAGUCCUUUUUGUGCUGGGUGUCUGAUCCUGGAUUGUCGUCUCCAGAGCGGCUCUCUUCCUGGCAAAUGGUCAGUACAACAUCUGCCCGCUUAGCAUGAGCUAGCACAGCAGCAACAACAGCGAACGUCCAACACUGAGUUGUUAAACAGUUCCAAAAAAAACUCACACUGACACUGGAACCACGUGACUGUUAGGUAAUGUUAGCCAUGUGAUGCAAACAAUUUGCCCAGCAUAAAGCUCUAACUCCUCAUAUAGUGUGGUUUGGUGAGAUGCCACAGAACGUUUAAAAGUAUGGCUAUACCACAAGCCCAUCCUAAAAACGAUACCUUGCCCUCGUGCCCAUGAACGUCCUGAAUGCAGAAAAUAAGACAAUCCAGACAGGUCAGAGACUCUGCAGACAAAUACACCGCCACACACCGAGAGUGGGUCGUACUGUAAGUGGUGCUCGAGAGGGAUUACUUUUCUAAGAGUCUAUAUUUUUUAGGGAAAUCCUGCAGAGCAUACCUUCAACAGAGAAAGCUCACAUUAAUAAACAUUUGCUGCCAGCGAGCCAGAAAUAGCCAAAAGGCUGAAGAACCUGCUGUUCCAUUUCCUGCUGGAGAAACCACCAGCUAGGCACGAGAGCUUUAUCAAGUCUGGGUUAGCCGUAGCUUAAGAGGCAGUUUUACUUUUUCCUUGAUGAACAGACUUCUUGAUAAUAUGACCGCACAUUAAUAAGGCUGUAGCUAAUUCAAGCAUGAUGGAGUAGUGCCUGCUUAACUGGUCUCGCUGAAAAUUAAGUCUACUGUGGAGUUCACAUGAUUUAUUGUGGUCAAACUACUUAUAAAUCCCUGUAUACAUUACAUUUACUGUGUUGGUUUCAAGGUAUUUAUCAACAGAUACUGGGUUGAGAGCUUGAAGAACACGUCUGGUUUGUCUGCACUGAAUUAUUUUCACACAUUUCCUGAACAUGGUCCAAAUACAUAGUGCAGAUUUAAGGUGUUAUGUUUGUUCUGUGCCAAGAAUUUAGAAAUACAUCACCUCUAUCUGUUACACAGUUUCCCAGCCGGCCUGAAUAUGUUAAACCCUUCAGCUUUUCUGUAGGGUGCCCGCAGAUACUUGGUCGUACCGUCUAUGAAAUAUGUACGAAAUGUGAUUUUAAAUGUAUUCCUGGCAGGAGUUUGGUAAACAGACAUGAGGAAAAUUAAAAGAUCUGCAUUUGUUGUCAUACAUGUGCACUGUCACAAGGGCUAUCGCUGUAGAAUCACUGAAAAAGUCAAGAUUGAAAGCUCGUUCUUGACCAUGGAAGCCAACUCAGUCACCAGAGAAAAUGUUGUAUGUUUCUGCAAAACACAGAUGUGUUGUAUUUCUGUUAUUAUGAAGUGGAUACAUCAAAUUUUACGUUUUAACAAUGCUGUGAUUAUAUGGUUCAGUUUAGCCACACAGGUCUGUGGGAAAAGGUCAUGUUUUGGCCUACGAGACCCAGUUCUGGGUGCACAAUCCAAUUUGGAAAUGCAGCAAUGUCUCAACAGCUCUUUGUGUCCCUCUGUCCCGCUGGAAAUAAAAAGCAUCCGCAUUUGGUGCCUGAAAAGCUGCUGGAAACACAGCAAUGAAAAAACAAUCUGUUUUGUUUGUUGGUCUUGAACAGUGGUCUGCAGCUUAGGAGGCAUCCUCGACAUCCCCUCCACCUCCGGAUGACUGAGUCAGCUCAUAUACUGCAUCACGUUAGAAGCGUUUACGAUACAUGUGCAGUGUCGGGAAGGUUAGUUUUGAAAUUUAAUGACAGAUUAAUAGUUACCCUGUUAAAAAUAUAAACGUAAAUUAACUACUUCAUCAAAGUAAUGUAACGUAUUACAUUUGAUUACUUUUAUUAUGUGACUUACUGGGGUUACAUUAACUAACCUAUAGAGGUUUUGUCAGAUUUGAUAUCGAGCAUUUUAAUGUUGACAGCAGUAGUUUCAGAGCCUUUUCUGAUUUCAGAAGGAAAAUAUAGUUAAAUUCUCGCAGUAAAGGAAUUAUGUCUUACAACACGGUAGUCGGCUGGUCAUAGCCAGGCAAUGGCAGACUUAAAGAGGUACUUCACUUAUUUUUAGAGAUGUACUAAUACCACUUUUUCCUUACAGAUACCAAUCCCUGAACCUUAGGUAUCUGCCGAUACCGAGUACCGAUCCAAUACCAGCGUGUGAAAUAAAAAUGGAUGGGAUAUGAACUGUUGUAUGUCUCAACUCCUAAAACUCUCUGUAAAAUAUUAAGAAAUAAAUACAUAAUAGUAGAAUGAAUGCCAUAAAACUUUUUUUUAAAUUGUUGUUAUCCAGUGUUGACACAGAUCAAGACACAGGUUAAAGUGCAGCCACACAUUUUGGUAAAAAAGACAUUUUAAAGGCUACAGUAGAAUGCUUUUUAAACUCCGCUCUGUUUGCGUUUCAUUUGCCUGUAGCGUGCGUAUGUGUAAUGACGUGAGGCAUUACGUGGUAUCGGAUUGGUCAUAGGCUGUACUCGCCGAUACCUGAUACCGCAUUUUAGGCAGUAUCGGAGGCAUUUCUGAUACUGGUAUCGGAGUUGUACCGAUACAGAUACCAGUAUCGGUACAACUCUACUUAUUUUCACCAGCUCUGUGUAAGAACAGUGUGGGUAGUAUGUGACAAUGAACUGUACUAAGCUUCUCUCCAUCUAACCACUGCCCAGGUCUCCCUCCUCGCCCACCGGCGAAACUCUGCCCUCGGGCUGUUGCUCAAACUACAGGCUUUACUUGCAAACACAGAGUAUAGAAGCAGAUCAAGAGCCGACCCGCCCGCCUCGAACUCAAACCAAAAUCUGAUCAAACAGUUAAAAAAGGCAGUACUGGUCGAACAUAUAUAAAGAUUGUGUUACUGCACUGCCUGUUUCUCACCAACAGUGUUUUUAGAAACAUAUUUUAGAGCCGUUUUUAGCUGUAAUAGCGAGGAUUUGUGAACAGGAAGUGGGCACCACACUGUUUCCUGCACAGUGAAAAUGGUGGCUGAAAAAUCUGAGAUCAGAUAGUAAAACUUAGCAGCGCUGAUUAAAUAUAAAUUAAGAUUCUGUAACUAAGUUGCCCAUUUCUCUCCUGAGAUGUUUUCAGAAACAUCUUUUAGCUCACUGUUUAACUGUCAGAGAUCAAGAUCAUUUUUUGCCAGCCGGCUGCUUUUGUUUCAAGCUAACGUGUUCGCAUUUGUUGCUUACGUGGAGGAGCAUUUAUUGGCCUGGUGCGGCGCAUUGCAUUCUGGUAGUUGUAGGUUUUUCUCCCUCUUGAGCAAAAGCUUUCUUUUUCUCUGUUUUCUCUGGUUCUUUAGCGCCAAUGUCAAAAGUAUUUGCGUCUUCUUACUGCAGAGACAUCCUAGUUUUAUUAAGAGGCCAUCUUUCCAGCAGUGAAGUACCUCUUUAAGUUGCUCAGAGCAAUGCUCGUUGAUUUUAUUGCCAGACUGGAGGCAGUGUAAGUUUAGACAAGAGAACUGAUAAAAAUGUGCCCGUCCACACAGAUCCUUGUAAGCCACCCCACCCUUGACGGUGUUGUAUUUAAAUUUGUUUACAGUAGAUUACAGUAACAUUUAUUUUGUAAUUUAGUUACGUAACUGUUGUUAAUAAGUUAUCCCCCAACACUGUGCAAAUGAAACUGAGAAAUGUAAUGUACCUGUGGUUUGUGGAAACAUAGCAACAUUCUCCUCUGGUGACUGGUGUGCUGAAACAAUCACACACUCUUCCUCAGCAGAAUUUAUUUGUCAGUGACUUUUUCAAAAAGUCAUUUUAUUUCAUUGUGACUUUAAAUGCAGCUAUUUCUUUAAGGUGGUGAGAAACUAUUAUUUGUUUUACAUUUUCUCUCUAGAGAUGCCACAUUUCACUGCAGGGGUUCAGGGGUCAGAGGUCAGAGUAAGGUUGGGGUCAGAGUUUAACGGUAGGACUUUUCCGGUGCAACAGACUCACCAGCUGCUGUCAGGGGAAUUGAACCCCCCACCGACCCUGCUGCCCCCACGAUGUCCUAUUUAUAUAACGUUUUCUAUGUAACGGUAUGUGUUAUGUAACUGCUAUGAAAUGUAAUUUCCUGCAAAGUGUUGACAUGUUUGAUCUGUGCUUGAUCUGUUGUGAAAGACGCUCCAUGGACAGAUUUUCUCCUGCAUGAUUCAGUCUGGAUCGAUGUUUCUGUCUCAUGAUGCUACUGAGAGCAACUUACUGACUGUACUUGUUGUCUUAGUAUCCUGACUACUGUUGUGUAACACAGAUGGCUUAUCAUGUUUUCUUACGAGGGCAAUGAGUUCCUGCUCAUGUUAGGAAACCCUCUGGCCAGCCUGUGAUCUCCUCCUGUCGCUGCUGUCGGGACGAAAUGAUGCAAAUCUGCGGAAAGUAAAGUUUCAUAAAGAGCUUAAAACAAAAACAUUUUUAUUUGAAGUUACACAAUCAGAGUUUGAAGAGCCGAAGCAUCAAAGGUCUCAUAUAAGGUGCAAAUGUCUGAAUGAACACUUUAAACAUUCGCAGAUUUGUGUGAUUUUUCCUCAACAGCAGCGCGAUGCUGCUCAGCUGUGGGACUCAGUGCAAUACAGCUUGCUGGUGUUCCCUCAAACCACAAACCAAUCAGUAAAAGCAGAAGAAAAAUCUGAAUGAAAGGGCUUUCACUAUCUUAACUCUGGUUGAGCCGUUUGCUAUUCAGCAUGUGAUCUGAACAAGUUGCUGCAGAUUAUUGUAAAU